AUAUUUUGUAUUGCUAAAUUGCUAAACUAGAAAAUAAAAUACCACCCAUUGUGUGUUUUUCUGUGACAUUAGAGAGCUGUCAAUGUGAGCAGUAUAUUUUACAGUUGUUUAAAAAACUGCUGAGAAGGGCGGUUUCAGAGGUAACUCGGUAAACGGAAGUAGAAACGGUAGAUUAGUUGACCUAAACAUGGCGCCUUUGCUGGAUCACGAAAUUGGCGACGCUAUGUUAUGUUCUUUACCGUGGCGAUCAAAAUCUAAUCUCUUGACAUGUUCACUCGUUUUGCUUAUUUACCUGACGUCGCAUCCAUCCUUGGCCAAACCGAGCAGCCUCAAAGAAAUCACGGACGGAAACUGGGAAGACAUCUUGGCAGGGGAAUGGAUGAUUGAAUUUUUUGCCCCGUGGUGUCCGGCGUGCCAACAGCUCCAGCCCGUGUGGAAUGAGUUUGCCGACUGGGGUGAGGACAUGGGCGUCAACAUAGCGAAGGUGGACGUUACUGAACAGCCUGGUUUGAGCGGGCGAUUCAUCAUCACUUCACUUCCGACCAUCUACCACUGUAAGGAUGGUGUUUUCAGGAGGUACCAGGGGGCUCGCACCAAAGAUGACUUGCUAAGCUUUAUUGAUGAGAAGAAGUGGCAGGGCAUUGAGCCCGUGUCUUCCUGGUUUGGACCAUCUUCCUUCAUGAUGAACACAAUGUCCGCUCUCUUCAAGCUGUCAAUGUUCAUUAGGCGUUGCCAUAACUACCUGAUAGAGCAUUUGGGGAUUCCAGUGUGGGGCUCAUAUGUCAUCUUUGGACUGGCCACUCUCUUCUCUGGCCUCGUCCUGGGACUGAUACUGGUGUUCAUUGCAGAUUUUGUCUUCCCAUCACGACGAUUUAACUCCCCAAACUACUACCAGAAGAAACAGACAAUGGAACAAGCCAGACUGAUUCAGCAGCUGGAGGAGGAGCAGGAGGCGGACGGAGAAGAGGAUGAUGAGGACGAUGAAGAUGGAGAACAGGACGAUGUCUGGAGGAGGAGGAGAGCGUCUCCCGAGGGGCGUCCAGAGGAGGUGCUACGAAAAAGGGUGGUGGGCAACCGCGAGGACCAGGAUGAGGACUCCUAGAGGUCUGGAGAGGAACUGAAGAUGCCCCUUCAAACAGCUAGGAAGGGGAGGGGGCCUGGUUUGGGGCCUAAGCUCAUUUUCAUAAAGUGCCUCAGAAUAGGAGUACUGAUCUCUGAGUUUUAGAUCAUGAUAACUAAGAUGACAUGGACAGGUGGAACUGAUCCCAGAUCAGCACUCCCAUUCUUCUGUGCUUUAUGGACACGGGACCUGGUCCUGAGCAGUAGUAGAGUUUACAGCAGACAGCUUACAGAGCCAAAUCAACGCCCUGCUUCUUCUCCCUUCAGCUUCACCAGGAGUGCCCCGUAUUCUGACCGCUCUGCUCUCACCACCAGCACCCUCCCCUGGACUGGAGGUGCUACUGCACACUCCCAACACCAUUAUCAUGUUCUUUAGGCAUCAAAUGAAGGUAAACAGACUGGAACAGGAAGGGUUUAUCCAUGUCCAAUUUGACAUGCUCCUUUUUCAUUCUCCGUUGGUAAAUAUUUUUACAAAAAUUUUCCCUAAUGAACACAAACGUGUUCAUCCUUGUUCUUUUGAAACGGAUCAAUUGGGUGGUUAGGUGAGGUUUCAAGGAAAAUUCCUCCCCAAUUUUAGUCCAUUGUUGACAUAGUCCCAAAAUAUGUGUAACUUUCAAAAUCCAGAAAUCAUCCCCGUGAGAUGCAUUUUGUCUCAUAUGAUACCAACUGCAUCAAGUGGGGAUGAUUGCUGUAUUUUGAAAGUUGCAUAUCUUGAAAACUUGAGUGCUGACAGGCAAAACCUUUUGUGACUUUGUCAGCAAUGGACUAAUGAAACAAAUCCCUUCAGAUGGUGUUUGGGUGGCGUUUAACUGAUGGUAUGGCGGGCACGAGAACAGGAUCAUUUUACCACUUUGUGUCUUAUGCAUUUCUUAGGUUUUUAUUGUAUUCCUCAUUAAUCCCUGUUCAACAAAUUAUAUACAGCUCUUGAUCAUUAUUUCAUUGUACACUGUGUGUCCAAAACAUUAGGAACACCUUCCCAAUAUUGAGUUUCACCCUCUUUUGACCUCAGAACAGCCUCAAUUGGUCAGAGUGUGAACUCUAUAAGGUGUUGAAAGCGUUCCACAGAGAUGUUGGCCCAUGUUGACUCCAAUGCUUCCCACAGUUGUGUCAGGUUGGCUGGAUGUCCUUUGGGUGGUGGACCAUUCUUGAUACACACAGGAAACUGUUGAGCUGGAAAACCCAGCAGCGUUGCAGUUCUUGACAUAAACCGGUGCGCCUGGCACCGACUACCAUACCCCAUUCAAAGGCACUUAAAUCUUUUGUCUUGCCCCUUUCACCCUCUGAAUGGCACACACACAAUCCAUGUCUCAGUUGUCUCGAGGCUUAAACAUCCUUUAACCUGUCUCCUCCCCUUCGUCUGCACUGAUUGAAGUGGAUUUAACAGGUAACAUCAAUAAGGGAUCAUGGCUUUCACUUUUAUUCACCUGGUCAGUCUAUGUUGUGGAAUAAGCAGGUGUUCUUAAUGUUUUGUCCACUCAGUGUAUAUCUUCCAUCUGUAUAUUUCUGUUUCUCCUCUUCCACUUUUUAUUUUAUUAUUUUAUUUUUUACCUCAGAAAGCGUAUUGUUUGUUUUCAUCCAAGUCUUCCUUGACAGACCUGGUAUCCGCCCACCCUUGAACUUCAUAAUGCUUUUCUACAUGCAACUAAGAUCAAAUCUCUUCUGGCCCUUUGUAUGUUUCUGUUUGGUCGACACCAAGAUGUUGAGUUGUACAGUUGUUGCUUUCAUCUCUGGUAGAAGGGAACUGCUAUUUGCUGCCUGCCUUGUUUUGAGGAAGUCUCCACUCCACUUUAUAAAAAGAUUGUAGUGCUUACUAAACCUCCCUGGAGGUGGACUUUGAUCAGUAUGGAUCAUUAAGGUUUGAACUGUUUUGGAGUUGUGAAGACGCCCCUUGUUUGGCCAGAACAGGGCUGCGUUCACAACCCCAGCAUGAUACAAAGAUAUUGUGGUGUAAAAUGUUAAUAACCUUGUUUUGUUGAUCACUGCUGUAAAGCUAAUAUCCACCCCUUUGUAAAGCUGGCAGUGGAAUGUAUGUGAGAGUUGUAUCUUGUGUUCAUCUCUGUGUGAGAUGUUCUUCCAUAUUAAUUGGAAAUAGUUUAUUAAUGUGCUGUCAGGUCAGUCAGAAACAAUGCAUGCUGUCUUUACAACUACAGUUAUUAUGGGGGUUCUUCAAUAUCCUGGUCACAAAUGGCACUCUAUCCCCUAUAUAGUUUACUACUGUUGAACAAGACCUAUAUAGCUCCGGUCAAAAGUAGUGCAUUUAUAUAGGGAACAGGGAGCCAUUUGGGAUGCGUGACAGGUGAUGUUAUUUUAACCCUACUUCUGCUCCUUAGUUUUCUGGCUCCUGCUUUACUCUCUCUGUGUGAGAGGGCGAGAGAGGGGGUGGGGGGAGGGGGGUGGGGGUAGAGGUGUGUGUGUGUGAGAGAGAGAGAGACUGCUUUUUGAAGUUUAACUGAAAUUUCCUGGAUGCCGAUUUUAAGCCUAAUCCUGGAAUGAAAAGCUAUUUCAAUGUACAUUCUCCAGGACUAUGCUUAAUUGGUCUCCAGGAAACUGUCCCUAAGAGUUUGAACUCGAGGUCAUUAACCUAUUUUCCUGGUUUGAAAAGAGGCUAAGGUAAAUCCCCAGGGCAGUCGAUGCAGAGUACCAAUGGUCAUAGCCAGGGCCCGUAAAGCGUCUGAGUAGGAGUGCUGACCUGAGAUCAGUUUUACCUUUUUUGAAUUAUAUGAUUAAGAUGUGUCAACUGAUCCUAGAUCAGCACUCCUAUACUGAGAUGCUUUAUGGAUUUAGUUUGGUCUUGUUCUUUCAGUAGAACAGGACGUCUCACAAGAAGGACUUUGUGACUGAAUUGUGCAUCGUUCAUAAAAUAGUGUUUUACAUUUUCUGAGUGGGCAGUAGAAGUGACAUUGUAACCGGGGACUAGCAUUUUACUGAUAUUUCAUUAUCUGUAAGAACUUUCAGCUUUGUAUAACAGGCCGGUUUAGACCUAUGACCUGUGUUGAGGUUCCACAUUUUUAGCAAUGACUUCUCUUUUGACUUCUCUUUUUAAAUGCUAUUAUUUCUUUCCUACAAGCUAUUUCCUCAAGUUGUGACAAGGGUACAACUUCAAAAUACGCCCACCUGAACAUUUAACAUGGAUCCAUGUGGUUUAAAAUGUAACUGUGGCUUCUAGCUUUCCUCGCUUCAGCUGCAGGGCGUAUCCUAAAUGGCUCCCUAUAUAGUGCAGGUCAAUAGUAGUGCAUUAUAUAGGGAAUAGGGUGCCAUUUGAGAAGCAUGGAGAGAUGUCACGUAGAACACUGAGACAACUCUGUUCUUACCGGUGUCCAACGAGAGCUCUUUCAAUAAAGAAUCAACUCCUGUUUGAA